UAUAGGUUUUUGAAUAUGUACAAGGACUGAAGCUUUGGGUUGAUUUUUUAGUAUGCAAAACUUCAGUUCAUUAAUGUCUUCUUAAAAAGGGAAUUUUUUAUUUUUAAUUGAUGGGUUUUGAUUGUCAGAGGUUGUUUGUUGGUGUUUUUAAGAGAACAUGUUAUCAUAAGCAACCAAUAUUUUUAAAACCCUUCAGGGUUUAAAGGCAAAAAAUUGAAAUCACCUUUCAUUUUGGGGAUUAAUUGGUUUUCCCUUAGAAAUAAAAUUUUGUGGAUGUCCAACUGUUCUUGUUCAUGGUUAGGAGUUGAAAAUUAACCUCUUCUUUCAGUGAUCAUUUACUGAAUUGAAGCAAUAAAUGCCAAAUGCUUUGAAUACUUUUUCCUUCAAGAGUAGUAUAUAUGCUGUUUGAUAAAUUUUCUGAGAGAAAUAUAGGUUAUAUAGAUUCUUCAGAUGUCUUUGAUGUCGGAAAAGAGCAUCCUACCUUCAAAGUUUCUCUCCUGCUUAAUGAUAGUUUCAUUGUCUAUUUUGAUCCUUUCUUCAUUGUCCCUUAUUCGUUUUGGCGACAAUUCUUUCAUAUCCAGAUCAGUUUUUAAGUUAAUUCUUGUUAAUACCACAUCAGCUAACUUCAAACCCAAUGUCAUAAGUGAACGAAUUGAGCCCCCUUCCCUCUCCUCUGUGGCUUCCCCUUCCCUCUCCUCUGUGGCUUCACCAAAUCAUACUCCGCGGCCUAUAAGAAGCCGAGAGGUGGCUUGGCAAGUUUCCAAUUCCAGCAAGAAAUUUGGUGCCUUAGGAAAAGAUAGAAGGAAGGGAUGUGUCCCUAACGAGGCUCUCCUUAGGGUGUAUAUGUAUGACUUGCCUCCUGAAUUUCACUUCGGGUUUUUGGGUUGGAAGGGAAAUGGAAAUCAAAUCUGGCCAGAUGUCGGUAACCCAAGUGGGAUUCCUCAUUACCCGGGUGGGCUACAUCUACAGCACAGUGUGGAGUACUGGAUCACCCUUGAUCUUCUAUCAUCGAAUACACCAAGUGUAACUAGACUGUGCAAGGCAAUCAGAGUGCAGAACUCUAGUGAAGCGGAUAUAAUUUUUGUUCCCUUCUUCUCAUCUCUGAGUUACAAUAGGGAUUCUAAGCUUCGUAGGAAGAAAGGUGGUGUCAACAGGAUGCUGCAGGAUAAAUUGGUACAUUUCUUGGAGGGUCGGGAUGAAUGGAAACGUUUAGGCGGGAAGGAUCAUUUAAUUGUAGCUCAUCACCCAAAUAGCAUGUUGAAUGCAAGAAGGAAGCUGGGCUCUGCAAUGCUUGUGCUUUCGGAUUUUGGGAGAUAUCCGCAUAAAAUAGCAAACCUUGAAAAGGAUGUGAUUGCGCCUUACAAGCAUAUUGUUAAGACCAUUGCCAGUAGCGACUCAGCCCCUUUUGAAAGGCGUCCUAUAUUGAUAUAUUUCCAAGGAGCUAUUUAUAGGAAAGAUGGUGGACAGAUUCGUCAAGAACUAUACUACCUUCUCAAGGACGAGAAAGAAGUCCACUUUGCAUUUGGAAGCGUUCGAGCAAAUGGGAUCAACCAAGCUGGACAAGGGAUGGCCUCUUCCAAAUUCUGCCUAAAUCUUGCUGGAGACACUCCCUCUUCAAAUCGCCUCUUUGAUGCCAUUGCUAGCCAUUGUGUUCCUGUAAUAAUAAGCGAUGAAAUUGAACUGCCAUUCGAAGAUGUCUUAGACUACUCAGAGUUCUGCAUAUUUGUCGGUGCUUAUUCUGCUCUACAGAAGGGGUUCCUACUGAAUCUUCUUAGGGGAAUCGGGCAAGACAAAUGGACCAAAAUGUGGGAAAGACUGAAGCAGAUAGUCCAACAUUUUGAAUAUCAGUAUCCAUCUCGGCCUGGUGAUGCUGUAGAUAUGAUUUGGGAGGCAAUUGCACGUAAAAUAUCUUCAAAACAAUUUGAAAUUCACACGAAGAACAGAUACCACAGGUUACAGCUUAUCGGAAAAACCAGCUGAAUCCACAAACACCCACUUGGAAAAGAAGGAGGUCAUUCCGUAGAGCUAGUCUCAGAUAAUCGACGAUGCCAAGGAUUGCCGAGGUACAAUCCUAACCUUUAAACAUUUUCAUAACCGGCAUUCUUACACGGUAGUCCAAGCAUUUAACAUUACACCAAGCAAUGACUCCACAAACACCCAAUUGAAAGAUCAAUAUAUUUCUUGCCGUCAGAGUUUUUUGAUGAUCUGUGAACCUUUUGUUUCUCUUACUUCUUUUCCACACAUAUUAUGAUUAAAAGUUCUUAGUGCAGUUCAUA